AUGAAGAGGACGAGCAGGAGCGCUGGCCUCCCGCGGAGGUGCCUCAGCCACCAGAUGGAGACCUUUGUCAAUGCUGCCAUCCUCGUGAGCCAGUCCGUUGGUCAGGCCAUGAAGACGAGCUUCAGGGCGUGGGGCGCCGAAGCCAACACGAGGACGAACUUCGCCCUCGAGGGCCGCACUGACGGGGAGGCGUCCGUGCGCAUCCGGGCCAAAGACGAGGCCGACGUGAACGCCGCCAAGAAUAAGAUCUCGGAGUCCUGUCAAGUCACGCGAGAGCAGGUUCGUAAAGUAAAGGUCGACGUCACGAAGGUCAAGGACAGCCGCAUAACCAGCAGGCUCCGCGAGCUGAAGGACACAUUCAACGUCAAGGUCAAGGUCAAGGCCAUGGAGGUCGAGGGAGGCGGUCAGCUUGUCGGCCCGAAGGCGGACCUGCAGAAGAUUGCGGAGGUGCUCGAAAAGAUCUUCAAGGCGUGCGCUUACGACGCCGUCUUCGUGUCCGUCCAGGCCGGGCAGGUCCGUUUCCUGCGCGCCCGCAGCGAGUGCGAGGAGGACAAGGUCAGUUUGGCCGACACUGAGAACCAGGUAGCCGAGGCCAAGGAGGCGAUCGAGGUCGUGAUCGCGCAGGCGGCCGCCGUCGAGGAGCUCUUGACGCUUGCGGGCAGGCCAGCCACGAGGACGCUGCGGGAGUCGCAGCUCACCGCGGGCGCCACGCGCACCUUCGAGAUCCGCGGCUCCGAGGGGGACGCGGCCAAGGCGGAGGAGUUUGUCCAGGCCGCGGAGGCGACGCUGCGGCUCCGGAAGCCGAAGAAGGCUGAGGAGUGCACGCUCUCCGACGCCGGCUUCCUGACGCUCAGCGGUGGCGCCCAGCCGAGCGGCAAGGCGGAGGAGCCAGGCGCCGCGCCCGAGGCGGCGGCCGAGCUCAUGGCGCGUUUCGCACUCGUCGUCGCCAUCGCAGCGGCCAUCGUGCUGCCCGCCUCCGCAGCCGUGCGCGCCAACGCCACCGUAGACAUCAACCAGAAGGUGACGAUCGACGGCACGGAGGUCUUCUCGCAGGGAUCGGGCCACGCCCUCCUGAACCAGUGCGCCCAGUUCGCCAGGGCCGCGGUCAACGACGCGGCCAGGCCCAACAUCCAGGUCUGCGGCACCUCGACCAAGGUCACCGUAUUCCUGCGCAACAGGUGCAAGGGCUACCACCACUACGCGGAGGAGGUCGGGACCUGCAACACCGGAGCGCCCUCCACGUCGUGCGUGACGGUCAGCCCCAGCACCGUCAGUUGGUUGCAGACGGCGCAGAGCUACAUGAUCACCCAGCACUAUUACUCCAUCGCGAUCAACUACCGGAAGAACGACCUGGAGCAGAAGAUGCUGCUGAGCCUCGGGCGCAAGAAGUGGCAGGCCGCGCGCCCAACCGCUUCUCUUCCCUGGGCCUCCAAGCAUUUUCGUGUUGAGGGUUAA